CUCGUACUGAGCGGACGUUUUUGUGGUAAGCGGCGCGCUGUACUAAUACAUCGAUUUUUAGUCGCGUCAGUGUGUGUGCGUGUUACUUGUGUGAGUGUAGUGAUAGUGUUGAAAUAAAAAUCUGUUAUGAUGGUGUAAAGGGUGCAACGGGGCGAUAAAGGGAUGUUAUCGGUCCCGUGAUUCAGCGACCAUGGCUCUGCUCUUCGGGGCGAUAGGGGUGCUUGCCCUAGUGAGUCGCACAGGUUGUACCGGCAAUGCGAAUGGGUUGGGCACAAACGGCGUCUCCGAAGCGGAUUAUCCCGACAUGGACCUGGGCCUGGCGCAUCGCGGACCUCACUUCGACGUCGCAUAUUCAAGAAACGUUACUGCUUUAGUCGGCAAGACUGCGCAGUUAAAUUGCAGGGUCCAUGACCUUGGGAACAGAACGGUGUCAUGGAUCAGACAUCGCGACAUCCAUCUGCUCACGUCCGGCAGAAUGACGUACACCUCGGAUCAGAGGUUCAUUAGUGUUCACAAUCCUCAUACCGAAGAUUGGAUACUAAAAAUAAGGUUCCCGCAGCGGCGCGACUCCGGUAUCUACGAGUGCCAAGUGGGUACCACGCCGCCAAUCGGCCAUCGCAUGUACCUCUCUGUUGUUGAACCAUUGACAACGAUACUGGGUGGACCAGAGCUGUUUAUUAACAUGGGGAGCACCAUCAACCUAACAUGCGUAGUGCAGCACUCGCCAGAGCCCCCGCCUGCGAUACGGUGGACGCAUCAUGAUGAGGAGAUAAACUACGACUCGCCACGCGGAGGUGUGUCAGUAAUCACGGAGAAGGGGGAGACGACGACGUCACAUCUACUGGUGCAGAAGGCCAAGGCGCCGGACUCAGGUCGCUACACGUGCGCACCCGCCAACGCCAAUCCUAGAUCUGUUAUCGUCCAUGUAUUAAGUGGAGAACAUCCUGCCGCGAUGCAACACGGCGGUCAACUCCGUCUACAGUAUCCAAUCUCAGCUGUGCUCCUCAGUAUCAUAGUCACAAUAACGGGUUGCUAGUAUAAGCGUGACGUCAUUGUAUUAUGUAAGCACAAAGUGGACAUUAAACGAUAAUUAACAUCAUAAUUAGCUAUAGCGUAUAAAUCGAUAUACAAUCGUUUAAAUUAUUUGAAUAAUUUAAAUGAUUCCAAGUCCAGAUGUUUCAUUUCAUUGUCAAUAGAUGUCGCUAACGACUGGUUUGUAAAAGGUCAUUGGUAUUUGAUUUUAAAUAAUCUAUAGUUAAUUAUAUAACAUGAUUUGAUUUGGUAGAAUUUUUAAGAACAUGGUUAAUUUUUAGUACAGAAAUCUGAUCAACGAUUUGAUUUGAAACUCUAUUUACGUUGUUAAUUGGUAGGAAUAGUUUGACCUUUUAGAAGCCGGGCGUAAGCUCCUCAUGUUCGUAGCAAAUUAGUUGUUUUAGUCUCUAGUUUUUGUAAUACAAUCUCAAUUAAUUUGAAUUAAAUUAAUGAUAAUACUAAAAUUUGUACAAAAAAGCGUGUAAAAAUGUACAAAUUGCUCAAUGCUAAUAUCGUUUAAAGAAUAUUAUAGCAUUGAUUUAA